UGCAUUGCGCUUACCUGACCAAAGCAAAAAUACAUCUAAAUAAAAACUAAGAAGGCGAUUUUAAGCACCCAAAGGCGACAACGAGUAGCACAUAAUUCAAAUAAAUAACAACAACUACAGCGAAAAGAGCAACAAAUGCCAACGACAGCAGAGCCAAUGGCCAAGACAGCAGCAGGUCCACAUUAUUAUUAUUGUGGCCAGUCUAAAAAUAUAGCGCCCAACGUGAGCAACGUAGAAGCGUAGAUCUCGGACGCGAUCGUUGUUUUGCCGGGAUUGCACAGAGCCAAUUUGAUUGUGUGUGUAAAACGUUAGCGUUAAGUUAGUGAUAGUUAAAAAUGCCGCCAAAGCGACCACCGCCACUUGUGCCAAAGAAGCCAAAUCCCAGCAUGAACUAUGAGGUGUUAAUCUACCUAAAUAGUUUCUACUUUGGCAUGUUCGCCUGCUGUGAAAUGGCGAUGGGUCUGCUCAAGGCGAUCAAUCUGAGCUAUACGGGUCACACACUCGCCCAGGACUUGGCCGUAAUGAUUAGCUUCAUAGUGAUGGAGACGAUGCGUUUAAUAAUGGGUCGCAAGGGCACGUUGGCGGAGAAAGGUUGGACUGCCAUACUGUCGGUUUUCCUGACCGCUCCGUGCUGUGUGGGCGUAUUGUAUCUGCUACUGUUGCAGACGUACCGGCUCCGUUUGGAAUAUUGUCUUUGUACGCUGCAGAUCGCCCUCUACCUGACCGAGGUGUGGUACGCCAUUGUCUUCGUUUUCUCACUGUGUCGUCCAGUAACUUAUGAUUAGUAACAUACAAGCAACAUGCAAACAGCAAGACGAGACAUUUAUACUGUACUUAGAUGAAAUAAUAACAUAAAAUAAUAUAACAGAGAUUAGCAAUAUACACACAAACAAGAAGAAUUGAAUAAUGAGACAUGUGAAAUGAAAUGGUACCCAAACCAAAUAUAAAUAUAUAUACAUAUAUGACAUAUAUUACAAAUAUAUAUAUAUAUGCAUCUCUACUUGUGUAUAUUAAGGUUUAUGAUAGCAUACAUACAAAUAUGUGUAAUUAUAUACAUAUACUUAAAACGGUUUUAUAUACAAGAAAGAAUUGAUAACAUUUAAGCAUCAAUUGGAACCAAUACGACAAGAACUUGAAUAAUUUUCACAUUUGUAAGACCAUUUUUUGUAUACAUUUAAAACUAAUAUUGUAAUAUGGCCUAGAGAAACCAAAUUUAGAAAGAGAAUAGCUUGAAUAGCACUUAGACACAAUAGUACAUAAUAUUAAAAUGAAUAACAAUGAAAAAAAGUCAUCCGAGAAAUAGAAAACCAUGUCAAAAAUAGUUAAAAAUCUAUCUAAAAAUGAAAACCAUAACAACUUAAAACAUAACUGCAUAUUUUAAAACUAGCCCACGAAAAAGUCAAAAGGCAAUGUGUGUACUUUAUAGAGAUACUUUAUAUAAAUCUAGCGAAAACCAAAUAGCGUAUUUUUAGCCGUUCAAGACGCCACUAAACAAUGUAUGAGUAAAGUAGAAACGAUUUCGUAAAUUAGGAGACAUAUUUAACACGUUUUACAUGAUGAUGAUGGUUCCUUCCUCCACCCCCGCAAAAUCCAUACAAUCUCAUUUGCAUUUCUCUCAUUAAACUGUGCACACCAAAUGCUAGUCAAAAGUUAUGGUCUUUUUUGUGCUUCGAUUGCCAAUUAAUGCCAUUAACCAUUAUCCCCCUCCAUCCACCAGUCUAGUCAAAAGAAAAUCUCAAAAUCUCUCAUGUAUGAAUAAAACCCUAAACGAAUCCUAUGUUGGCAACUUUAAUUGUAUAAUAUUUAUAUAAACUUUCUGUUGGAAUCCAUGUUAACAUACAUUUUUAAAAUGCGAUUGUCUAACAAACAACCAAAAAAAACUAUGUAACACAAUUUAGUUAUAAUAAAAGAAAAACAAAAAAUAACCCUGAUUUUGUGACAAAUUAUAUACACUGGAUGGAAAAUACCAAUUAAAGAACAAAA